AUGCGCGCCGCCACCACCACCAAGACGACCACCACCAAGCCGGCCCUCAAAAAGCCUGCUGCCGCCACUCCUUUGAAGUCUUGCCUUAAAAAGGCGUCCACUCCUUCCGCCGCUGGCGACGACACUCAUUUCGACUGGUUCACACCGUCGAUCAUCAUCAACUCCCGCCGGUGGACCCGCUACUUCGACGCCUCCACUCCUUUUGGGCGUCCCUCCUUCCACCCCCCACGUUCAUUCAUUUGUCUCACCCAACUUCGCGUGGCGAACGUCGUUGAUUUUCUGGUUCCUGGCCUGGCGGCGACCACUCUCAUUUAUCCCACGGAUUCCCGGAUCCAUUACAACUUUCUGGAGACCUUCGCUUUGAUCCCUGGCACCCUGGCACCCUGGCAUCCUGGCAAUCUUCUCUUCUUCCUCUCGACCCUGAUGGAAUCCCACUGGAGCGACCUUCCAUCAUCCCGGACCCUGCAAACCGCCGGUCCUUAUCAUUUCGACCUCGGCGGAACCCCACUGGAGCGGCCUUCCCCGGACCCUGCAAACCGCUGGUCACAUUAUUUCGACCCCGAUGGAACCCCACUGGAGCGGCCUUCCAUCACCCUGGACCCUGCGAACUGCCGGUCCCUGGAUUCUGGAUUCUGGAUUUCUGGAUUCUGA